GCAUUUAACGGUCUUCCACGAACAAUGACACUUAGGGUGUCUCAAAGCUGAACACCACAGAGGUUGUGGGACUGCUGUAGAUUACAGAAGAGACUGUUCAACACUGUUGAGGAAACCUCUUCAUAAAUGCACAGGGUAGGAAACUGCCUCACAAAAUGGACAGGUGACAACUACAAGCAACUGUUUUAGAAUCGCUGAAUCUGCAUUUUGUCAAAGAGUGAAAGGAUCUACCACCAAAAAACAGGAAAAUACAGCAGGAAGCGAGUUUCCAGGGAGCAGACCUGCACUUUUACUGAAACAAUCUGAGGAUUGAUUCACAAUGUAAUUCUACAAUCAACCCAGAGGACUGAGGAGAGACACCUAGCUACUACAAAUAUUCUGGAGAAAGUGAGACACACAGGCUGAGGUAAGGCUGGCAAGAGAAAAGAAAUGGAUGUGUUCGGUGGAGCACCCCGGUUCCUGGCCUAUCCACGUCCUGUGGUGGUGCAGAGUGGCACUGAUGCAGUCCUUAAAUGCCAGAUUAGUGGGGAUCCUAGACCAGCGGUCGUAUGGGAGAGAAACAAUGAGAAAAUUCAUCCAGGAGGCAAAUAUCGUUUGUUUGAGGAUGGCAAUGUUUACAAUCUCAUCAUUACAGUGGUGACAGCAGAAGACAGUGGUCAGUACAUAUGCAAAGCUAAAAACUCCAUAGGGGAGACGUACGCUGCAGCAACGUUGAAAGUAGAAGGCGAGGCUCAAGAGAUGGAGCUGAGAGAAGAGAACAAGCCCCGCUUUCUCAUCAAACCCCUGUCUACACGAGUAGGUCGAGGAGAAGAUGCAGUCUUCUCCUGUAAGCUGUGGGGAAAACCAAGGCCAGAGGUGGUAUGGGAGAAGGAUGGCAAGAAGCUAAAUGAGAUCUUCGAGAGUACACAUUUCAGUGUCGGAUACCAAGACGGAGGAUGGUUUCAGCUAAAGAUUUUCAAAACCAGGGCCCCUGAUGGUGGAGUGUACACAUGCAAAGCCAGAAAUGAGUUUGGUGAAAGUCUAGCUGGAGCUGUGCUAUUGGUGGAUGCUGGCCCUGGACAUGAAGAUGAAGGAAAUCGCAACGGUUACACUAAUGGCCACUGGAAGGCAAAUCAGGGAAAGCAGAGAAGCAGUAGACAUGUUGUAACAAGACUAAAAGAAGGCCCUCUUCCGACUUCAGCCAAAGUAAAAAUGUUUGCUGUGACAGAAGGAAAACAUGCAAAAUUCCGUUGCUAUGUGACAGGAAAACCCAAACCAGAAAUCAUAUGGAGAAAAGAUGGUAGAAUCAUUUUGUCUGGAAGGCGGUAUCUUCUAUAUGAAGACCGAGAGGGAUAUUUCACACUGAAAGUACUCUACUGCAAACAGCAGGAUAAUGGAGUAUAUGUUUGUGCUGCAUCCAACACUGCAGGACAAACCUUAAGCGCAGUGCAUCUUUUCGUUAAAGAACCACCUGUACGAUUCAAGCAACCGCUCAAUGACCUCGAAGUAUGGGAGCAGGACCUGGCCAUUCUUGAGUGUGAAGUACCAGAGGACUCUGUGCCAAUUACAUGGUAUUUAGAAGACAGAAGGUUACAGCCAGGAGCCAAAUAUGGGAUGGAAGAGUGGGGAACGAAGCGCCGACUCACAAUCCGUGACAUGGGGGUUGAUGAUGAUGGGAUCUACCUCUGUGAAAUGCCAGAUGGAGGAAGAAGCAUAGCUGAGGUAACUGUCAAAGGUACAAUCGUAAGAAAGCUGCCCAGAAAAGUAGAUGUUCUGGAAGGGGAAAAUGCUGCUUUCUGUGUGGAGGUAGAAGAAGAGGAAAUGGACAUUCACUGGUACAAAGAUGGGACAGAGCUGAGGGAGACACAUCAGACCAUCAUCAAAUCUUUUGGCAGAACUCACAUCUUGGUCUUCGUUAAUACUACACCUCAAGAUUCCGGACUGGUCAUUUUCUACGUUGGCCGAUCAAAGACAUCAUCUCAGCUAAGGGUGAAAGCGAUUAGGCAAUGUCCACCUAGCUGCCCUGUGGGGGUUCAGAUAAACACAGAGCGUGCUAAUGCAGCGCUCCUGUCCUGGGUUACAGCACAGGACUGUCGUAAGAAUCCACCCUCAGGUUAUAUCCUAGAGAGACAAGAAAUAGGUUCUCCAGAGUGGCUGCAGUGCCUAACCACGGACUCUGCAACCUCAGUGGAAAUUCUUGGCGACAGUGUUCCGUGUGAGGCUGACUACAGAUUUCGCAUUUGUAGCAUCAACAAGUACGGAAGAAGCGGAUAUGUGGAGUUCCCUCGAGCAGUUCAUUUGGUUCCAGUAGCAAAAAUACAAGCACCUUUACAAGAUGCACUGGUGCCUGAAGGCCAGGAUGCCUGUUUUUCCAUCGAAUUGUCUGCCUCAGUCAUAGGCACUUGGUUUUGGAAUGGCACCCAAAUCCAAGAUGAUGAACGUUUUCUUAUUAGAAGGUCUCGAACACACCAGUCACUUCGAAUUCGUGGGGUACGAGACACUGACAACGGAGCUGAAAUCACCUUCAUUGCCUAUGGAAUUCGUGAUUCAGCAGCGCUCUAUAUACAAGCUCCUCUGGUUAAAUUUACCCCACUAUCUGAGAUAGACCGAAAUAAGUUUGUGGAAGUAGGCAAUCCAAUAGUCCUCUACUGUGAGCUGUCAGACCCUGAAGCACAAGUUCGCUGGUAUAAGAAUGGAGCUGAACUUCACUCAGUUGAAGGUCUUCACAUCCAAUCAGAAGGAACAAUGAGAAGAAUUGUCAUCCAGUCAGCGGAGUUCUCCCAUUCAGGGGUUUAUAGCUGUGAUGCCAUUGAUGAUGUCAUCAGGUUUAAUGUGGAAGUUGAAGCCCCACCUGUGAGGUUCAUAGCACUUUCAGACAUGGACGCAAAUCAGUCCAUUGAAGCUGGAUGUCCGAUUCUUCUACAAUGUGAGCUCUCAGAGCCAAGUGCCCAGGUUUCUUGGUACAAAGAUGAAACAAAACUCCUUCCACAAAAUGGACUAGACUUCCUGUCUGAUGGAACCAAGAGGGCACUGGUUAUUGAAAAAGCUGAUUUUUGCCACUCUGGGGUAUACAGCUGCAAGACAAAAGGUGUUGCUGUCCAGUUCAAUGUGGAAAUCAAAGCUCCACCGGUGAGAUUAUCAGCUGGUCCGGAAACUGAGAGGAGAAAGUGCAUUGAAGCAGGGGGCACCAUUGUUCUGCAGUGCGAGAUAUCAGACUCUUCUGGGCAGGUCCGCUGGUUCAAGGAUGGGAAGCAAAUUUGUACACAAUCUGGUGUAGACUUCCAAUCGGAAGACUGCAUACGAAGAUUAAUUAUUGAAUCGGCAGCCCUGUCUCACUCUGGUGUGUACAGGUGCGCAACAAAAGAUGACAUUGUUGAGUUUCAAGUCGAGAUCAAAGCUGUGCCAGUGUGGUUCUCAACUGUUCCAGAAGUUGAGAAGAAUAAAUGUAUUGAAGCUGGCAGCUGUUUUGAACUUCGCUGUGAGGUAUCAGAUCCUACAGCAGUUGUUCACUGGUAUAAGGAUGAAACAGAGAUUCUGACAGACACUGGCUGGGACAUACAAGCAGAAGGCACACUGAGGAUGCUGGUAGUCCAGUCAGCAGAACCCAGCCACUCUGGACUGUACAGCUGCAAUAUGGUUGAUGACUCUGUACAGUUCACUGUGGAUAUCAAAGAUCCACCGGUGAAGUUUUCAGCAUUCCCAGGGGUUGUGAAGAACCAGUUUUUUGAAGCAGGCUACCCCACUGAGCUACACUGUGAGAUCUCAGACCCACCAGCCAAGGUGUGUUGGUACGAAGAUGGAGUAGCGCUCCUCUCAAAAAGUCAACCUCAUAUCAAAAUGGAAGAUACCAGGAGAAAGCUUGCUUUAAAAGCAGAACAGCCCUCUGAGUCUGGAUGGCACGACCCUCAGAGAAACUAUGAGGUCAUCCAAUAUUAUGUACAAGAUGAAGCUUCACCUUUGAAACUACUGGAUGUUCCUGAUGUUGAGAAGAGCGAAUGUAGUGUUGAAAGCAUCUCUACUGCACAACAUUGUAAAAUCCUGGAUUCCACUGAAUAUAAUUACCGACUAAAAGAUGAGGAAGAGAUAUUAUCACCAGAUGGAAUUGAACCUGAGCCUCAAAUUAAGUGGGAGGUGCCUAUAAAAACUUUAAACAUCAAAUCAUCUGAGACACCAGACAAUGGAAUAAACAGACCUAGGAUGCCAGAUGAUCACACCCAGUUUAUUGCAGACAAAGCCGAGCAGUCUCACUCUGAAGUGUACAAGGGUGAGACCUAUGAUGACACUGUCCAGUGCACUGUGGAUAUGAAAGCUGAAUCCUUCCCUGAAAUUGCAAAGACCAACAUCGUUAUGGAAAGCUUGGGUGUCACAGAGGGUUCUGAGGUUGCAAAGAUCAAGAUCAUUAAGGAAAGCCUGGGUUUCUCCCAGGAAGCAACAAUUCCAGUGCUGGCCAAGGUCAAUAUGGAAGGCUUGAGCUUUACAGACGUUCCUGAGCUCACAAAGAGCGAAAUCCUUGAAGAAAGCUUAAGCUUCACUGCAGUUCCUGAUUUAGCCAAGAAUGAGACCACUAAAGAAUCCUUAAGCUUCACAGAACUUCUUAAAUUAUCUAAGAACAAGAACCUUAAAGAAAGCUUGAGCUUCACAGCAGUUCCUGAUUUUACCAAGACCAAGAACACUAAAGAAAGCUUAAGCUUUACAGAUGGUUCUAAUGUCUCAAAAAGCAAGAGCCUUGAAGAAAGCUUGAGCUUCAUAGCAGAUCCUGACUCGGCCAAGACCGAGCAUAAUAAAGAAUGCUUAAGCUUCACAGAGGGUUCAAAUGUUUCAAAAAACAAGAGCCCAAAGGAAAGCUUGAGCUUCAUAGCAGACCCGGUUUUGGCCAAAACUGAGAACAUUCAAAAAAGCUUAAGCUUAACAGAUCGUUCUGAUUUUAAAUAUAGUGAGCUCAAUUUGGAGAGCUUGAGCUUAUCAACAGUUUCUAAGUUGGAAAAAAAUGAGAACAGUAAGGAAAGCUUAAGCUUCGCAAACUGUCCUGAGUUUAUCUUUCAGGAGAGCUUGAGCUUCACAGCUGUUCCUGAGUUGUUAAUGAAAGAGAACAUGAAGGAAACCAGUCUUAAACAAGUUCAGCAUACAAAAUCAGACUCUGACGCCUCAUUCUGCAGCUUCAAGGAUGAAGAACUACCCCAACCCCAAUGUGUUAAACAGGAAACAGCUCGCAGUUUUCAAGAAGACGACAGAAGUUACUUCAAAGUACAAGAAAUUUGCACGGAUGACGAUGUUUUAGCAUAUAAGGUGGAUCAUGAAGUUACAAAGACGAAUAUCUCAGCAGCUCAAGACAUGUCAGACGAGAAGGCCUUUGAAGCAGCCUGUUUUACAGACCUGGGAGAGGUCUAUGAAAAGAAGGCCCAAAUCUUUGGGCAUGGAGAUGUUUCAGUAGUACAGCAACAAGAUGGGAAAAACAUGACGUCUUAUAUGACCUCAAAGGAACAGUUUGCCCAGUUAUUAAAAACACCACACAAAGAGAUGCUGACAGCUGAGACAAAAAAUCAAUCUGUGAUGUAUCAAGACCAAGUAAAAGCACCUUCACCUAAACCAGUAAAAUUUGCACCCCUCCCUGAGACUGGCAGGACCAAGACCAUUGAACAUGGUAUGCCUCUUGUACUACAGUGUGAAAUAUCUGACCCGGAUGCACCAGUUUGUUGGUUCAAGGAUGGAAUACAACUCCAAAUGAAACAUGGAUUAGUGAUCCAGUCAGAGGACUGCAUACGGAGGCUGGUAGUUCCGACUACAGAGCUCGGUCACACAGGGGUGUACAACUGUGAGGCAAUAGAUGAUGUCAUAAAAUUUAAGGUGUAUGUCAAAGCUGCACGGCUGAACGAUUCAACGCUCACUGAGACUCAGAAGAAUGAAAUGACAUCCAAUGAAGCAGACCAUGAAAGUGUUGAACAAAAAGAAGCUAUAUAUACUACAGAUCAGGUCUGCUGGUACAGACAAGAGCAACAACAAAUUCAAGAUCGUCCCCAUGCAUCUCUCGCUGCAUCUCUAAUUCAAUCAAAAGAGAUCAGAUCAGAAGAAAUCAAAUCAGCUGACCUGUCUGACUCUGGAGAAUACAAUUACGAAACAAACGAUACCAACAUCCUGAGUACUGUGGAUCCACCAGUACCACCGGUGAUGUUUUCUACCGUCACUGAAGUUCAGAGGAACAUAUCUGCUGUAGUUGGAAAGCCUUUUAUAUUGGAAUGUGUGGUCUCAGAUGUCGAUGCACAUGUACGCUGGUACAAAGAUGGAAAUGAGCUGUCAUCUGAAGCUGGAGUUUUGGUUCAGUCUGAAGGUACAAUAAGAAAACUCUCUGUGCAGUCAGCUGAAUUAUCUCACAGUGGAACAUACGACUGCAAGACAGAUGCUGAUGCAGUCACAUUCACCGUGGAUAUUGAAGCUACAUCUACGAGCUUCAAGCCACUUUCAGAGAUGGAGAGGAACAGGUCCGGUGAAUUAGACUCACCAUCUAUUUCAGAACAUAAGAUUUCAGACUCUGAAAACCAGGUUUGCUGGUAUAAGGAUGGCACAGAACUCCAUAUAAACAGUGGAAUUAAUAUCCAAAGAGAUGAAAAUGUGAUGAAAUUACCCUUUCAAUCAACUGAGCUUUCUGACACCGGACAUUUCAUCUGUGGCAGUCCUGAUGAUGCUGUGCCAUUCAAGAUAGACAGUCAAGCUUCUCCUGUAAGGUUCUCAGCCCUUCCAGAGGUGGCAAGAAACAAGUUCAUUGAAGCAGGCUGCCCCAUUAUACUUCAGUGUGAAAUCUCUAAGUCAGCUACCCAAGUUUCCUGGCUCAAAGACGGAGUGCCUCUCCAUCAAGAGACUGGACUUGUCAUCAAAUCAGAGGGCACCAUGAGGGCACUGAUCAUCCAAUCAGCUGAGCUCAAACACUCGGGCAUGUAUAGCUGUGAAGCUGGCGAUGAUCACAUAGCAUUCAGGGUGGAUGUUGCAGCUUCACCAGUGACGUUCACACCUGUCCCUGAGACUGAGAAGACCAAGUCAUUUGAAGCAGGCUCACCUAUCAUUCUCCAGUGCGAGAUAUCUGAGCCCACUACCCUGGUCCAAUGGUACAAGGAUGGGACUCAGCUCUUUCCUCAAUCUGGAGUUUUCUUCCAAUCAGAGCACACCAUGAGGACAUUGGUUAUCCUGUCAGCCACGUUUUCCCACUCUGGUGUUUACAGUUGUAAUACAGCUGAUGAUAUCAGCGAGUUUUAUGUGGACAUUAAAGCACCCCCUGUGACAUUUGCCUACGUCCCAGAGGAAGAGCUCCACAAAAAUGUACUGGAACAAGACAACCUCGUCCUUUGUUGUGAGGUGUCAAGGUCUAACGCCGCUACACAAUGGUACAAAGAUGGAGUUGAGAUACAGACCAAUAACAAAGUCACAAUGGAGACAGACCACAACAAGCGAACACUGAUCAUCCAAUCUGUUCAGAAGUUGGAUGCUGGGACAUAUACAUGUCGUGCAGGAGGUAGUGCCUUAAUAUUCAAGGUUAACGUACGAGAGCCUCCCGUAAUGAUUAUCUACCCCAAGGAAGAUGUUCACCUUGAUCGACAUGUUCCUGAGGAAAUUGUCCUUAGCUGUGAACUUUCACGUCCAAAUGGAAAAGUGACUUGGCUCAAGGAUGGACAGAAACUUCAAGAAAGCGAAAAUAUGAAAUUCAAAACAGAAGGUCCAUACAGAAGACUGAAAAUUCUUCACAGCAAAGUUGAGGACUCAGGAGAGUAUGUCUGUGACACUGCUGAUGACUCAAAAUUCUUCUAUUUAAGCAUAAAAGAACCGCCAGUACGCAUAGUUUCCCCAAGCCAGUCCCAAAUGGAACUUUGCCAGCAAAUGUCAGAGAGGAUGGUGCUGAGCUGCGAAAUUUCAAGAGCCAAUGCUCCUGUGCGCUGGUAUCGAAAUGGGCUUGAGGUAGAAGAGAACAACAACCUAAUUCUUGAAGUUGAUGGUGUUUACAGAAGACUCAUUAUACCAGAGACAACCGUCAGUGAUUCUGCAGAAUAUGUGUGUGACACAGUUGAUGACUCAGUGACAUUCUUCGUAAACAUUGCAGAACCCCCAGUGCGAUUUAUUCGGCCAAGGAAGAUGGCCUACGAAGUUGAAAGAUUUGUUGGAGAAACCAUAGUGCUUGACUGUCAGGUGUCUAGAUCAAAUGCAGAAGUCAUCUGGAAAAAGAAUGGAGAAGAGAUUGAGGAAAGCAGUAACAUAACCAUUAUCGAGGAUGGCUGUACUCGGCAGUUAACAAUCCACUCAUCAAGGGUUGAAGACACAGGCCAAUACUUAUGUGAUGCCAAAGAUGAUGUCAUGGAUUUCAGUGUGAAAGUAAAUGAGACACCACUGAAAUUUCUGCACAAAAGUGAUAUAAUAACACACAGGCACUUUUCAGUGUCAGACGAUAUUGUGCUCAAGUGUGAACUUUCUAGAGCAAAUGGUGUAGUCUGCUGGUACAAGGACAAAAACAGAAUUGUGGCUAAUGAUCACUUCACAUUUGAAGAACAAGGGACAUUCAGAUCUCUGAUCAUAUUAAAUGCGGAGAUAGGUGAUACUGGUGAAUACAUGUGUGAUGCGAAGGAUGAUGAGAUUGUCUUUAAUGUUACCGUGCAAGAGGUACCAGUGUCUAUUCUAUUUACGGCUAGAACCCCAGAACACCGCUCACUUGUUGCUGGAAACGAGCUGAUACUUGAAUGUGAAGUGUCUCGAGAGAGUGCCUCGGUUCAGUGGCUCUGUAACGGGAGAGUACUGCAACCAGAUGCCCGAACCCGUAUCGAAAGAAGGGGCACAACGAGAAAACUAGUGCUCUCAAACCUUCAUGUGUCUGACUCAGGAGAAUACACGUGUGAUGCCAUUGAUGACAAAAUGAACACUAUGGUCACAGUUCAAGAGCCACCAUUCAAGUUCAUCAAAAAAGAAGAGAUAAACAUUGCUGCCUAUGAAGAAGAAAGCGUGACACUGUGUGCUCUGGUUAACAGAGAUAAUGGUUCUGUCCAAUGGAGUAAGGGAGGCGAAACACUCAGCGAUCAUCGUUUUUAUGCCACAAGUGAUGGACGUACUCAUUACCUCACUAUAAACAAUCUUAAAAAAUCAGAUGCUGGAGAAUAUGAGUGUGAUGUGGGCACAGACAAAGCUCAUUUCAGUGUUCAAGUCAAAGCUAUGAAGGUAAAAUUUUCCAAGCCACUGCAAAAUUUAGUAGGGCUCAAAGGUAGUGAUGCUGUUUUGAGAUGUGAACUCCACACAUCCAAAGGAGACGUCCAGUGGCUAAAGAACAACCAAGAAAUCACACCAAACCGACAUUGUACAAUACGGGCAGAUGGGCAAGAAAGAAGCCUGACAAUACACAACCUAACAGAUGAUGAUGCAGGAGAAUAUACAUGUGAAUCAAAGGAUGAGAGAACAUGUGCAACAGUAGUAGUUAAAACCCCUCGUGUUGUGGAGUUUAUUGCUGAGCUGAACAACAUAACCGUAAUGGAAGGAGAAGAUGCAACAUUUAAGUGUGUAGUGUCCCCAGAAGAUGCAAAGAUGGUCUGGUGUAUGAAUGGCUGGCCCAUUACAUCAAAUGAGAGGUUUAAAAUCUCAAGUAAUGGACUGUGCCACAUGCUGUGUAUCAAAAAUUGCCAGGUAUCGGACAGCUGCAAGAUGACAGCAGAAGCCGAGGGCAUGAUGUCCAAAGCAAUUCUACGGGUACAAGAGAAACAGGUGCUGUUCACAAAGAAAAUGGAAUCGGUGGUGGCAGAAGAAUUUGGGGAGGCAAUCCUCCAGGUGGAGCUGAGCCUGGAAUGUGGAGAAGUGCAGUGGAUGAGACAAGGUGUGGUCAUUCACCCGGGUCCGAAGUUCACCCUGAAGCAAAGUGGCCUAAAAUGUAUGCUCACAAUCCACAAUCUGGCCCUUUCCGAUCGUGGAACUUACAGCUGUGAAACUCUUCAUGACCGCACACAAGCCAGUCUCAGCGUGGAACCACGAAAGGUUAAAAUACGGAAAGGGCUGAGUGAGAUCCAAACCUUUGAACGUGAGACAGCAUCCUUUGAGGUGGAGCUGACGCACAGCAACGUGGAAGGCAUGUGGCUGAAGGACGGGAAUCGGCUCAAAAGCAACAACCACUGGCGCAUGACUACCAAUGGCCACGUGCACAGCCUGACCAUAGUCAACCUGUCACUGGAGGACACGGGGACGUAUACGUUCUCCACCGAAAAUGCAAGAUCAUCUGCUAGACUUACCAUUAAAGAAACACCAGUGACCAUUCUGAAAAAGCUGGAGGAUAAAACUUUCCCAGAGGGUACAGGAGCCACCCUGGAGUGUGAGGUGUCCAAAUACAAUGUCACUGUUAAGUGGACAAAGAAUGGAGAAGAACUUAAGUCGGGGAAGAAUCAUCGUAUGUACUCAAUGGGGAGGAAGUACUUCCUGCAGAUUGUGAGAUGUGAGCUCGGAGAUUCUGGAUUAUAUGUAUGCGAUGCCGGAGAUGCCACCACUUCCUGCUCUGUGGAAGUUUAUGAGAGAGAGCUGGAAGUGUUAAACGGUCUGGAAGAUCUGGACAUUCAAGAAGACCAGAAUGCUGUGUUUAUGUGUGAGGUGUCUCUGGAUGAUGUACCUGGAGAGUGGUUUAAGAAUGGAGAGAAAAUCAAACCUACAAGCACCAUCAAGAUCCGUCAGGAAGGAAACAAGCACUUUCUUCUUAUGUGCAAUGUUAAGGAAGAGGAUUCAGGAGAAAUCAAGUUUGUUGCCAAGAACGUUGAGUCUAAAGCUCACCUAGAGGUGGAGAAACUUCCUGUGAAUAUUGUAAAGCCACUACAAGACAAAACGGCUCAGGAAAACACUCGGGUCUUACUUGACUGCACCGUAUCCAACCCACGCUGCAGCAUUCGUUGGUAUCAAGGCCGCAACGUCAUCCUGCCCUCUGAGCGCUUUGAGAUCUGCAGUGAAGGUUGUUAUCGCAAACUUGUUAUACAGGAGGUCGCACUGGAGGAUGCAGGCAUGUACAGCGUCCAGGUUGGAGAAAACACUUCCUCAGCAAGACUCACUGUGGAAGCCCAGCCGAUCUUGAUAACGCAGGAGCUGCAGGAUGUGGAGGUGUCAGCUCCAGAGGAAGCGUGUUUCGUGUGUGAGGUCUCUGUGCCUUUACUGAAAACCCCCAUUUGGACUCUGAAUGGAGACGUGCUGAAACCUGGGCCCAAAGUCCUCCUGGAGAAAAUGGGGACGGUGCACAAGCUCACCCUGAAGCACACGUCAGAGGACAUAAAUGGUGUUGUGGUGUUUGAUUCAGGAAAGGCCAAAAGUACAGCAAAUCUGUAUGUCAAAAAAUAAGCCUUGCCUGAAUUGGACGAUUGCCACAAUCGUAAGCAGGGAGUUUUUAAUGGAUCUAUUAGAACUUUUAAUACUACUUUUCUUUUGUUGAAAAUUCAUCACUAAUUUACGAUCGAUUACUCGGACAUAAACAUCCACCAAUAUCAAUGUCAAGUUGUUGCACACAAGGAUGAAUGUAAAUGAACAUUAAACCAAAUCCUCAGUUGUUGGUCAGACUGUGAAUCUUUUUUUUUUUGUCUUUCAUUUCCAGACAGAACAUAAUCUAGGAUGAUGGCUGUAGCGUGCUUAGGGCCAAAUCUGUAGGAUUGUUUGACAAGCAUGAUGACACCGUAGGACACUUUUAUUAAGGUUAGGGGAAGUAUAAUCCAGUUGACACCCCAGAAGAUGCGUGUCAAAGUUUUGCUCUGCUUGGACAUGAUGCACAAAAGACGACAGACUUUGCCAACAACCGACCACCUGGUUUUAUGCUAAGGUUCAUUAGUCCUGGUGCACGCUGUAAUGAGAUAAUAAUGAACACUGCUAACCUUUUUGUCUUGGUAGCUAACAUUAAAAUAAUUUGAGAAAUAAUUGUUGAAUUAUUUUACAUUUAUGUACAUUGUCCUUUGUAUAGAUACCUUUUCUAAAUAAAUGUUAUGAAAUGAAAGUGACAUGGGGAGGUACACGUUUACACAGGUGUGGAAAUAAAAAACAGGGCCAAAAGGCUGAAUACUGAUUGCUAGUAUAUUCAUAGCAAGUCAGAACUACCUUCUAAAUCAAUAAUUUCCCCAGACAAGACAUAAAACCCAUGUCAUGUACCGAUGAAUAGAAAUGUUUUCUUGAAUAUUAUGACCUGUUGCAUCAUCCAUAUAAUUAAAAAAGUUUCAUGAAGUCAGUAAUGGCCUUGUUUCUUCGCUUUACAUAUAAAUAAAUAAUAAACUAAUCUUUACCA